UUUGUGAUGAGAAAGUGAAUAUCUCUCAGUAUGGCAUAUUUAGAGAGGGCCUCUCCAGCUUUGAAGGAAAUCCUGCUCAAACUAUACCGCAGUGCCGACAAGUCCACAGAGAUUGAUCAUCACUUGUAUGAAUUUGGGUCUGUGGAAUACCAUAUCCAGUCAUCAACUUCAGAUGAAUACAAUACAUACUUGUCAAUAUCAACUCCACUACUUUCCCAAGAAGUCCUAUUGCCAUAUGGGAUUUCACUUCAUACCAAACAGAUGGUAACAGCAAUUUGUCCUGAUGUUAUUGAGAUCAUGGAAAGGCAACCAGCAAAAGAAGGAUACCAGCUAACCUUAAAGCUUGAUUUUUCUAUACUGCCAAACGGGAAAGAUUCUUUAAAGAUAAUACCUGAACUUUCUGCUGUGCAAGCAACAAUAUUAAGUUCUCAGCUGAAAGAAAUUUUGACGAAUGUCAAUUCCCACGAUUCAUUUCAAGGGAUGUAUAAGCCAAUCAAGCUUGUGUAUCGCCCAAGUGAGCCUUUCUUCAUCAUUAGACAGCCACAGAAAAUCAUAGCAGUAUUCCCAAUACAAUUUAAAGACAAGCCAGAUGUUAUAAUAGCAACAACCUUCUUUCAGGAGCUGAUGGAUGUUGGAAGCUCUGAAAAAUGGGCCAAAGCACCUCAUUGUUGCUGGUCACCAAUUCCACCUCCAGAGUUAAGAGGGGAACUUUUUGAAGAUUUGAGCACUACAGGAGGAUUUGUGUCUUUUGAGAUUUACCCGCGGCAUGUCAAAGGUAAAAAACUCCACAGUGGCACAGUAUGGAGCUUAUUGAAUUUCUAUGCCUAUGUUAAAUUCCAUGUAAAGAGUGCCAGAAGUUUUAUCCAGAGAAGGAUGAGAAAGCGUUUGGAGGGAUUUGUUGAGCUCCUUCAUAAGCCCAACAUAAAAGUAGAAGAUGAGGAAAAGAAGCGAAGCGGCAAGGUUCGAGGAUUCAAGUGUACGAUAAGGAUAGCCAAUCUACCAAAACUUACUGGCCUUAAACAAAGAUGUAAUAAAUUCAGCAGGACCAUCAAGAGAAUCCGAUCCCGGAUUAGAAUCCAUGGAUUCAGUCGAUUUCGUCACCGAUGGUUGAAAAUCCCAAAGUUCACAUCUUCAAUGGGAUACACCAGACUACAGUAACUUCACUUUUAUCAUCCUUAUGGUAAAGAAGCAUUUCAACUACUGCUACUUAUAUAUAUAGAAUGAAUAAAA